CACACUUCUCCAUGCAGUAGGGAGCCCAGCAGCUUGGAGCAUCUCUCAUCCAGAACUAGUGUAAGACGCCUAGAAGCAGAGAUCAAGUUCCUAAAGCCACUAAAAGCUGAAGAUGGAUAUUAAGCAUGUGAAGGAUUAUCUUUACUGGCUAUACUAUCAAUACCUCCUGAUCACCUGUUGCUAUGUGUUGGAGCCCUGGGAGCAAUCCAUGUUCCAUACUAUUUUUAUUACUGUUUUUGCUAUGGUAGUGUACACAGCUUAUGUCUUUAUACCUAUCCACAUCCAUUUGGCUUUUGAGUUCUUCUCCCAGUUAUUUGGAGACCAACGUGAAAGUACUGUUGCCAUUAUGAACUGAAUUUGCCAGGGUUGAUGAUGCAACAGCUACUAUGUGAAAUGUCUUCUUCGACGUUGGGGUUGUUUGUUUAGAAAAAGUUUGCGUUUGCAGAAACAAUGCUUCCUCGUACAAAAGCUAGCCUGCAUAAUUACAAUAACUGAAAACCAGAAUAGUGCAUCACUCCUCACUGUAUAGUUGGUAUUUAAAUAAAACACGAGCACAGCUUUUAGUCUGUGACUGUGCAUCACCAACUUUGGAACACAUUACGUAAUAUUCAACUUGUCUACUGAGAAUAGUGUCCAUAUGUAGUAGAUCCUCAAUGUAGAGAAAAACGUUAUGUUCUUUAACAGUUAGAGACUUUAUUUAUUUAACACACUGUGUCUAGAAUCAUGAUUUUUACACACAUGGCUUUCACACUCAAUCAGAAUUUAAUUUUAAUAGCAUAUAUGAAAAUGAAUUGCAAACAGCAAUAAGUAUUAAUGACGAUAGUUGGUAGGAUAUUAUAUUUUUUGAAUACAAGAAAGCUUCUUCUCCCAGAAGGGUACAUGGCAACUACUUUGCAAAACAUGCAAUUCUUUUCCUCAUCCUAGUUUACAGUAUAUCAGAAAUGUGACUCAAAUAUAGCAGGACCCAAGCAGCUGAAGUCUGUCUUAGUAGUUUGCUAAUUUUUAAAAUGAACGGUGUCAUGAUAUAAAGGGAUGGUUUACAGCUUUUCUUUUAGAAAAUGAGAAAUCAAGACUAUACGAGCAUGAAUCCAAUUGUUAGUACUUAAGCUUCUCCUGCUGGAUUUAUGGUGAUUUAACUGUAAUGUUAAGAUAAUUUAUUAUACUGUAAGUAAUCUUGCAUUGUACUAAGCAUGACGUACCAAAUAUUUAGUGAAUCUGACUUGUUACACUCAACGUUGCUUGUUACAAAAAAUCAAUUUUUCCCCUUUCUACAACAAUUCAUUAGGGAAAGCAAAACAUGUGUUUGUGCUAAAGGAAGAUGAUCUAGUAAACAGUGUAAUUUUCUAAUAAUUGCAGAACUCUGAAGCAUUUAGAUGGAAGCUUUGAUACAGAGGCCUCCUUUUACAAAGGAUAAGUGAGAUUUAUUAAAACUGCCUUUGAAGAGUUUCUUAAACCAUGAAAGCUUUUUAUUGUACAGCUGAAUCAAACCUGAAUGCCAAAGAGCAAGCUAGAUAUGCAGAAUACAUACAUUCUGCAACUGGCACUCCUACUACUGAAAGCAAGAUUCAUAAAAUGUAAAUAGUUUUUGAAGUAUGUUUGCACAAUUAUAGCAUGCAGAGAUAUUGUAAUUUUAUCAAGGGGCAUUGGGGUCCUGCAUGAUAAAAAGA